AUGGGGCCAGGUCCCGACAGCUGGUGGGGCGGUGUGACCCACAUCAGUUGCGACCAUAGCCAUGAAAAACAGCGGAACCGCAGUCGCACGUGCGAGCAGUGCAUCCUUGUAUUUCCUGCAUGGCCUUCUCCCGUGGCGUGCUGGUUAGAUUACCUGGAAGAUGAAGUAGACGACCUCUUCAUUGACCAGCAUGCUGCGCUCGCGUUCGCCUGUCGGUCGUGCAGCACCUUCCUGCGCAUCCUUGUUCUUGGCACCUUCGGACCUAUCCCCGCUAAAUGCUUGUCGCCGGAUCACGCCUAUUUACAUUCAUGUCACAAAUUGUAUAAGCAUUUCCGACCAGAGCAGCGACACGAGCUGAGGGACUUGGUUCAGAACCUGCAAGCCAUCGAAUCGUACCUUGGCCAUCUUCGCUUGGGGAGGGCCAUGCUGCUAUCAUCAGUACCCGCGGCAGCUCCGAGCAUAACGCAGCUGGAGGAGUGGAAGGUCCAUAACAGCACAAAGCUUCAGGAAAUGCUGGACAGCGCUGGCGUCGCGUCACGCAUGGGCGAGAGCCCUGAAGUCGUCAAGGCGUUGACCGCGGCUUGCUCCUCCGCCCGUCAUCGACCCGACGCGUACACCGGCCGGCCUGUCGUGUCCUUCAUCCUCAACUACUUCAAACGACCCCAGGUGGUUACCCGUAUCGCCGCCAACAUGCGCGCUUCAUGUGAAUCGGUUGCCGUACCGUGCGAGUUGGUUGUGAACGUCGACAACCCGGACGAGGCCGCGGCCUGGGCGGGGCAGGCGGGUUUUGUCGUACCCGUGUUUUCCGCCAACCUGCACGAGGCGCGGGGCUACAACCGGGCGGCUCGACUGGCCCGGGGGAAGUACCUGAUCGUGUGGCAGGAUGAUCAGGUACCGCCUCCCCAAGGGCAAUGGCUCGUGGACAUGAUCCGGGUAUUCGACACGUACCCCCAGCUGGGUGUACUGGGGAUGAACACCUACCGGCUUUGCAAGCACCACGAACCCACCAACCGCUGGGGUCAAACCUUUUGGGAAGCAGACCCGGCGACCGGGGUGAAGUGGACGUACGCGCAGACGGUGGACUUCGCCCCCAUGGCCAUCCGCGCCUCCAUCUACGAGGACGUUGGCGGUCUGGAGGAGGGGAUGUCCCGGCGGGGCGACUGCGGCAUCUGGGGCGACUGGGAGCUGAGCACCCGCGUGUGGAUGGACGGCUGGCAGGUUGGGUUUAUGUUUUUAGAAGGUCGGUCGGGGGAUGGUGAACCCGGUACGACACACAAGGGCGCCAACGGGGAGAAGUGCUGGGGCCGGCAGCAAUUCGUGGCCAGCAGCGUGUACCAGAGAAGGUAUGGGUCUCAGCAACUCCAAGAGCCGCAGUGUGAGAGGGUCUGGCUGCUGAACAUGUUGGCGUUCAAACCCGGGUCCCAAGGCUGUCCGUACAACAUGCAACACACACACUGGGGCAACUGUACGACGCUGCCGCCGGAGGUGGCCGCGGCGGCGGCGGCGGAGCUCGCCGAGCUGGCCGCGGCGGCGGCGGCGGGGGGCCGUGUCAGCGGCGGCGCCGCUGUGGCGGCGCCGGCCCCGGCGGCCCCGGCGGCGGUCCUCAGGGGUGAGGGCGGUGAUGCAGCAGCUGCCGAUGGGACGAUGACAACGGCGGCGACGGCGACGGAGGCUCAGGACCAAAAUGUAAAUGUGGCGUCUGGUUUGCUAGGGCUCAUGGAUAUCAAUCCCGUACUGGCGGCGGCAGGAGGGGGUAGCGGGGAAGCGAAGGGGCUAUCGGAGCGGCAGCUGAACCUUUUUGUACGGCAUCAGUCGACCAUAGUGCGUCGGCGCCAGCCUGUCCCAACUAUGGCGUUCCUCAGCAAAUCAAAGAACCUCUCAAUUGUUAUUGCAGCUCUUACUUACGUCAUCAUUUUUACAGCUCCCCCAAUCCGCAUCGACUGCAGCCAGGCGGUCUGCCCCGCGGUGUACGACCCAGUGUGUGGCGAGGAUGGCGGCACGUACGACAAUAAGUGCCUGGCAGCAUGCGUAGGUGUGGCGGUCAAAUACCGUGGCGAGUGCGGCGUCGCUAUCCCGCCCUGGGCUCCGAGCAGGCCUGCCGUUGCAGACGGAUGUUCCUCGUGCCCGACCGACAGCAAACCUGUCUGCGGUAGCGACGGCAACACGUACCUAAAUCCUUGCUUGGCAACCUGUGCCGGGGUAUGGGUGCAGUACACGGGUCGUUGUGCCGACCCAAGCGGCUGCUCCCGACUUCAAUGUUCGACUGUUUACAGCCCCGUAUGCGGAGCCAACGGUCGUACCUACCCCAACCGUUGCGCUGCGACGUGUACGGGAGUGACCGUUGUCAGUACGGGAGUCUGUGGUGAGAGCCAGUGUAACUGCCCUGAUGAUUAUCAGCCCGUGUGCGGUAGCAACGGCAAGACGUACGACAAUGCGUGCAAGGCAGUUUUUUGCGCCGGCGUGAGCGUGGCGUACCUCGGAGAGUGUUCCGUUGAUGAAAACGGGUGCGCUACGGCGCUGUGCCCUGCCGUAUACUCGCCCGUAUGCGGUACCGAUAACGGCACGUACGACAAUUCCUGCUUGGCGGCCUGCGCCAACGUCACCGUCGCGCGACGAGGGCCUUGUGACAGCGAGGAGGGGGCCGGGAUGCUGCCGCGGCCGAUAGACGGCAGUGCGGUGUGUCUUUGCAGCCGCCUUCAACGGCCCGUGUGCGGCAGCGACGGCAAGACGUACGACAAUCCGUGCGAGGCAGUGAAGUGCGCGAAUGUUAGCAUCGCGUACGAGGGCGCCUGCGAGGACGAAGCCCCCUGCAUGGACGCCAUAUGCGGCUUCGAGUACGACCCGCCGCCCGUGGCAACUGACCUUUGGCUGUUGUUGUACGGGCAGUACGGGUAAUCUCUUCGUAUGGACGAUAGUAGACAUGUUGCCAAUGGACUUGGCAGUUGGCCGUUAUCUUGUGCUAACAAUUACCUACCUACUACUUCGCAGGGAAGCCGCUCCUGCAUGCACUUGCCUGUGUAUGUGCUUCUGUAUGUGCAUCUGUAGGUAUGCGCGCGUGCAUGCGAAGAUGUGAGAUAUGUAUGUGUGUAUGUAUAUGUGUGCAUGUAUAUGUGUGUGUAUGUGUGUGGGGGAAAAUGUGUGUUACACGGUUCGGGGUGCGUGACCCCAUACCUGUAAAACUAUCC